AUGGCCGACUCACACCCCCCUUCGCGUUCCAAUACACCCACACUCGUGCCUCCAAUGCGGCGGCCACUCGAAGGAGACAAUGCGCCCGCUGUCUCGUCUCCGCUCAACCCCAAUCCGGAUGCGGCAGCGCGUGCCAGACCGAAAGCUCCCGCGCGCGAGCAGAGAGAGAAGCGCGAGACGAUCAAGAAACGCGAAGCUUCAGCGUCGACGCGCCAGGCCACUCCGAGCGCAAAGUCUAGCAAGAAAGAGCGUCCCUCAGCCGACUCACCCAUGCGAUAUUCCAUCCCCGAGCCCAGACCCUCCGACUACGAAGCGCCAAAGGACAGCACGCUGGUGUCACAUGAGCCGAACCCUAUGUAUGCGCCUGAUGGCAUUACCGAGCUGAAGAAGCCACACGAUAUCGCCUGGAACAAGAAGGGCUACAAGUACACCCACUGUGUCGCCGACCCGCUCUUCCGUCACAAGCAAUACUACAGGCAGAGCGACUCCAGGCCGUAUGGACCGCGAAUGAGCCACGAGGACUGCGACAGAUGGUUUCAUUUUGAUAACAGCGCGACAAUCGUAUCCCAGGAGAAGGGCUGGCGCAUGGGACGCGGGAACGUAGUCGCGAGAGAAGGCAGGAUAUACUAUGAGGUCAAGGUGCUCAGAGGCAUACCCAAAGACGGCCCAAAGGAUCCUAUUGACCCUAAGACGGGAGAGACGAAACCGGGUCCCCACGUGAGAAUGGGUUGGGCAAGGAGGGAAGCGCCGUUGGACGGACCCGUGGGCUUCGACGGCUACAGCUACGGCAUCACCGACGCGCGCUUCGAGGCGCAACAUCGAUCGCGCGCCUCCAAGAUCUUCAAGCCGCUCCCCAAGAACGCAAAGAGCAAGCACAUGAAGGCCAGGCCCCCGCAUGGCAAGCCAAUGCCUGUUGAAUAUGUUAUAGAUCAGCAUGUUCAAGAAGGCGAUGUUAUUGGGCUUGAGAUUCAGCUGCCGUCGCUCUCAAUGCAUCGCAAGGUCGUCGAAGGCAUCUACAACCCGGCCGUCGAUCUAGGAGAUGGUUUCGACACCGUCAGCAAUCAAGACCCAUUCGACCGCCCCAUCGACAUCAUCCGUGAUCGCAUACCCGUGCCCUACAAAGGCAACUUCUACUUCGAGCAGCUCGACUACCAAGUUACAAAGAUGGUGGAGGCCUAUCACGACCGCGGUCCGGUGCCCAAGAUACACCCCUCGCCGAAUCACGAAGACGUCAGUGUACGAUCGCUACCACACUCGCAUAUCAAAGUCUACAAGAAUGGUGAGGAGGUUGGCAUCGCUUUCGAGAAUCUCCUAGCCUUCCUCCCUCCUGCUAGUAUACCCUCGGUCGAAGCUAUCAAAGCUGGUGCGCGAACAGGCUUUGAUGACGGCAUGGUAGGAUAUCUGCCAGCCAUCUCACUGUUCAACGGUGGUGUUGCCCAAGUCAACUUCGGUCCUGACUUCUGGUGUCCACCCGAAGAGAUGGUACAGCAGCGCGAAAAGGAUACUCAGAUGGUCGACGGCGAUACAACCGAGCAGCAGAUUCCAGAUGGCCGUAAACUGCGGGCUAUUGGCGAGCGAUACAAGGAGCAGAUUGCCGAGGACGUCGUCUGGGACAUCAUCGAUGAGGUCGACUUCUUCUCCCAGGACGGAGGAUGGGAGUACAAGGGCGAGGCUCCUCAGGACGUGGCAGGCAAGUCCACGCCUAGGGCGCGUGGCUUUGCAAACGCGGAUGAGAAUAUUGGUGUUGAGGUGGCCAAGCGAUACUAA